CGCGUACUCUCUUCAGUACGUGUUCGUCGGUCGUUCGCUUGUUGGGCACGCCGAGUGGUAUGUGCAGUGCAUGUGUGUGUAUUUUUAUAACAGCCUCCUCCUACGGUCCGGAUAAAAAAAUAUAUCGUCGGCGUCGAGUGCGCGAUUCCUAUAAUAAUUGAGGUUUCGGUUUCGGUUUUUUUUUUGGUUAUUUUUCGGUGUUGUGCGCGAGUCUCGUAGGGGUGUGUUAUGUGGUCGGGGGAGGUUAUUUUUUAAAACAAAUAAAAAAUAAAUUUUUGCGCUGUGGUGUGCGUACUCGCGCUGAUCCGUCGCCGGACAUGUGCGGCUGAACGCAGACCGGCCAUGGCGGGAUGCCCGGCCCGGACGCUGUUGCUGUUGGCCUGUGCGCUGUGGCCGCCCGUGCUGGUCCGGACCAACGACGGUCAGCAACAGCAACAGCAGCAGCAGGAGUUCAACAAGUUAACAGGGCCCUGGUGUCCCCGUCCAGAAUGCGUGUGCACCGUCCAACCCAACCGUCUGGAUAACCGUCUGGGCAUGGAAUGCACGUACACCGGUUCGAAGAAUAUCACAUUAGAACCUGAAAACAUGGAAAAGCUCAGGUCGCUGUCGAGCAUUCGACUGACCGGAGACGGGGACACGAGCAUCACGUUUAUCGGCAGGACGUUCGCGCAGACCACUAACCUGACCAUGUUGGUGGUAUCUGGUUUCGCGGAAUUCACCGUCAAGAAAGACGGGUUGCUGAUCAAAAACAAGGACGUGGGCGAGAUAACGUUGAACGUCGAGAUCGAUCGAGUGCAAAAAGUCUACCUGGACACGAACGCCAUUCAGCUACAAGCGGGCACCGUGGACGUUACCAUCAGAGACUGCGGUACGGUGCGGCUUAGCGAAAAGAUUGUGUCCAAGUUGAAGACAUUCACGUUCCUGAGGAUCGGCAGCCUGGAAAUGUCGAAAGGAACGUUCGAGGAAGCCGCUGUGGGCGCCAUCGAACAGAUAACUUUGGACAAUGUUUUCCUGGGCACUAUACCCUCGUCCGCGUUCGUCACGUCCAUCAGCUCUCUGACAAUGCGCAACUGUUCGAUCAAUCUGAUCAGCCGCGAGGCAUUCCCCAAGAACAUGUUCAACAGCGCCACGUUAACCGACGUGACAAUUGGCAAGAUAGAGAACCAAGCGUUCAGGGAAUCCACGUUCAUGAACGCGUUGCGAUUGACCAGGUGCCGAGUUCAAGACUUGGACAAAGGAGCAUUCACGGCCAUCGUCAACGACAUCGUCAUCGAACAGUCGGAGUUCGGCACGAUAGAGAGUGGCGCAGUGGUCGUGACGUACAAUAUGUCGUUAAUCAACAACACGUUCGGGCGAGUGAUGGCGCACGGCUUCACGCUGGCCAACUGGCACGAGGUCGUGGUCCAGGCCAACGUGUUCGAGGUGUUCGAACCGGAAGCUUUCUUCGAGUCCAACGCUCAACCGGCGGCCGGCUCGUCGUCGUCGGCGGUUGUCGUCAGCACGCAUCUGACGUUCGACAACAACACUCUGGGUCGGGUUCCGGGCAACGGAACGGCUUGGACGCCGAUCGUUCGGCUCAAGACGGCGGCCAACAUGAUGCGGGUCAUGUACAACCGGGUGUCGGUGGUCACGUGCAAUUGCACGGAACCCAUGGUGUUCGUUACGAUCGACGCCGACGGCAGCGACGAAUCCGCGGGACGCGAACGCCAAUUCUUGGAGAACAACUACUGUCGCGUGGACGCCGCGGUGUCCGGUUGCGCCAAGAACCUGACGGCGGACGACGUCGGUUACGCGGGGGCCGCCGAAUUCCGUGCGAUCGUCCGGUGCGAGUCCAAACUGCUGGCCGGCGUGUUUGACCGGUGCGUCCUCGACCAAAGAGACGUGAAAACGGUGGACCUCGAUAGUAAUUUUCGCAUGUUUGGCACGUUCAUGGGCCCAAAAGCCGAGCGAGGCGUCAUCACCACACUCGUACUGUUGAUACUGUGCGGGUUCGGUGCCGUGUGCGCGGUCAGUGCCAUAACCUGGUUGAACGCCCGCGGUUACUUCAUCAAACUACGGUCGCUGUUGACCCCGGGCGGAAUCAGCGGUGGUCGGAGUGCGGGCAACUUGGGCAGGACCACGUCCGCGCACUCGCUGUCGCCGAUUUCCGUGCACGAGUACGCCGAGUUGCAGAGGAACCGCACCGGAAGAUCGGCCAACGACUAUAACGGCGGCAGUAUGGCGCCCGCCGUCCGGGUGGUCGUGUUCCAGGACAGGGGCACACAGACCGUACCGGAAGAACUGACGCAAGAAAUGCUGCAGACGCUCCGGGACAAGCUGGACGACCCCGAAGACUACGCCGAAGCCCGGGACAUGAUCGAACACCUGUACGACCUGAUCCGGGUGGAGGAGACGUGUUGCGGUAACGGCGGCAUAGACUGGUACGGCGGGCUGGACGACAUCACUUCGACCACUACCACCAAGGCCAUCAUCGUCGGCGGCCCGGACGGCACGUAUUCCGGCGACGGCCGGCGUCGCGUGUCGGUGGGCAUCGACGCGCCUUCACUCGAGAAACUGUGGCCGCCCAAAGUGACCGCCUCGAAUCGCAAGUAUUCGCGGCCGCCGCAACCGCCGCCCAUGGCCGUCGGCGACGAAUACAUGGACCCGGCCGACCUGUACGCCGAAUUGCAAAGGAACGACGCCGCAGGAGACACCUCGUCCGAGGCGCACAUCUAUUGCGAACUACCCAAUUGAUGAAACGACCCAAAGCAUGUUCUCAACCGCCUUCACAAAGACUGUUCAAAACGAACGUCGACCCGCCGUCAAGAUGUGUUUGAUAACGGUAUCGGUUUUCGCUAGAGACAUUAUUAUUAUUAUAAUUAUUAUAGCUGUUAAGUUUUUUUAGUUUUAAUAUUUCGUUUUAAGCGGACCGUUGCAAGUCCGUUGACUGAUGAUCGAAUAAAUAGAUCCAAAUUUUAUAUUAUUUACACACAACGUUACUACUAUUUAUGAUUGUAUUUUAUAUUACUUUAAUGUCUUUACGGUAGGAACUAUCGAAACCCUUCCUACGCGUUUACGUGGCAUAUAGUCGCACCGUCGAUGAACAUUGUCAUAAAAGCGCACAAAAAUGUAAUAAAAAAAAAAAAACCUUGGCGUGCGUGCGACCGACCGCCAUUUAAUUAAAAUAUAAUUAAUUAUUGUGAUGCUUAUUAUUACUAUCCUUUUACUUUUACUAUUUUUUUUGUCUGUUGUUGUUAGUCGUGUUUUAUUAAAUUUUGUGUCAUAAAUAUUUAUGAAAUCCAUAAUAUAAUAAUAAACAUAAUAUAUUAUGAGUACCUAUUAUUAAAUAAAUACUAUAUUAUUAUGUUAAGUAAGUAGAAUUAUAAAUAUUAUUGUACAUAGAUUUACAAAUUAAAUUAUAUUAUUACGUUGUUAUUUAUAGACAAACAUAAACCGAAUGAU